UUCACACAAACUUUGGCUCCAUCACUGCAGAGGGAGGGGGCGGCCCGGCCCGGCCCAGCUCUGCCCCCGGCCCGGCCCGGCCCUGGCCCCGGCCCCCGGCUCCGGCCCAGCCCUUAUCUGAUCGACUGGUCUAGUUUAAGAGCCGGGCCCCGUCCGUCACACAGCUCCGCUCCUCUCCUCACUCUCCAGCCCGCCCCGUCAGUCAAGUCUUCCGUACGUUCUCUUGGCCACACAGUCCGAGGUUCCUUCCUGCCCCGGACCCAAGAUGACUUCAGUCGCCAAGGUGUACUACAGCCAGACCACCCAGACAGAGAGCCGGCCCCUGAUGGGCCCAGGGCUGCGCCGCCGCCGGGUACUGACCAAGGAUGGCCGAAGCAACGUGCGCAUGGAGCACAUAGCCGACAAGCGCUUCCUCUACCUCAAGGACCUCUGGACCACCUUCAUUGACAUGCAGUGGCGCUACAAGCUGCUCCUGUUCUCGGCCACCUUUGCGGGCACCUGGUUUCUGUUUGGUGUGGUGUGGUACCUGGUGGCUGUGGCCCACGGAGACCUGCUGGAGCUCGGGCCUCCCGCCAACCACACGCCUUGUGUGGUGCAGGUACACACACUCACAGGGGCCUUCCUCUUCUCCCUCGAGUCACAGACCACCAUUGGCUAUGGGUUCCGCUAUAUUAGUGAAGAAUGUCCACUGGCUAUUGUCCUCCUCAUCGCCCAGCUGGUGCUCACCACCAUCCUGGAGAUCUUUAUCACGGGGACCUUCUUGGCCAAAAUCGCCCGGCCCAAGAAGAGGGCCGAGACCAUCCGCUUCAGCCAGCACGCUGUGGUGGCCACCCACGACGGCAAACCCUGCCUCAUGAUCCGCGUUGCCAACAUGCGCAAAAGUCUCCUUAUUGGCUGCCAGGUGACAGGUAAGCUGCUCCAGACCCAUUUAACCAAGGAGGGGGAGAGCAUCCGGCUCAAUCAGGUCAACGUGGCCUUCCAGGUGGAUACAGCCUCCGACAGCCCGUUCCUCAUCCUCCCCCUCACCUUCUACCAUGUGGUGGAUGACUCCAGCCCUCUGCGGGACCUGCCCCUUCGAAGUGGGGAGGGGGACUUUGAGUUGGUGCUGAUCCUCAGUGGGACCGUGGAGUCAACCAGUGCCACUUGCCAGGUGCGCACAUCCUACCUGCCCGAGGAGAUCCUCUGGGGCUACGAAUUCACACCUGCCAUCUCACUCUCAGCUAGUGGCAAGUAUGUGGCUGACUUCAGUCUGUUUGACCAGGUCGUGAAAGUGACCCCUCCCGGCGGCCUCCGAGAUACCACCGUCCGUUAUGGGGACCCCGAAAAGCUCAAGCUAGAGGAGUCAUUCAGGGAACAGGAAGGGAAGGAGGGCAGUGCCCUCAGUGUACGAAUUAGCAAUGUCUGACUGCUUUGACUCCCACUUCCCUCACCCCUUUUGGCCAGAGGAGAUUUCCUCUGGUUCUACCCUACCCCCAUCUCACGCCUGUUCUCUCUCCCAGCUCCAUGGGGUAUCCUACCCAGGCUCAUUGGAGAGAGCCUCAGGAUCACCCUUUUCCUAAUCCCAUCUCCCUCCACCCAGUGGCCUGUAAUUUGUCUAGGCCAGCCUGAGGGAAGAGUCCCCCUUUGGAUUCUGAGCCCCACCUCUAAGAGAGGGUUUGGGGUGUUUGGGACAAAGGAGAUUGGGCUGAGAAGGCUUAAGAAAUCUCAGCCAUUACUGGAGACUCUGUAAGAGAACUGUGCAGUUGGAUGGAUGGAUGCUCCAUUUAUGAAGCCUGGUGCCUUGAGGAUGGAGGACUUAACCUUUUGACCUUCCCACCCAACUAGUUCCUUGAGUCCAGCCUCUUCCUGCUGGUCACUCUGGGACUGUGCUCUUAGAUAUGCCUGAUGCUAGGACCUGGCAGUGGAUAAAGCCUCAACCUGUCAGUAUCCCCCAACAGAAUACCCUACUUCCUCUUCUGAUGAGACAGAUUCCCACUCUGGCCCAAACCUAUGGACCUGAUAACCACCAUUUGCUCCUUCACAAUUCCCCAAGUAAACUCCCAAAUCCCAGAUCUGACUUAUCCCUCCUUCAAUGCCAACAUUCCCAGAGAUUAGAAUAUUUCAUAAUAAACGACUACAACACGUAGUCAUACCACAAUCACAUACUCAUAGAGUUUAAGAUUCUUCAAAUUAAGGAUCAUUGGAAAAGAGUUAUUGUCCAUAUUCCAGGUGCUUAUCUCCUUAGGCUUCCUAAAGUGUCCUAUGAGAGCUCUGGCCCUGGUCACCUCAUUCUCCCCCCCCCCCCCAAGGAAGGGUUCAGGUGUCUGAACUCUUAGGAAAGGAUCUAAGAUGAUAUUACAGACAGAAGCUGGACCUAGCUGGACCUCUCCCUUCUAACCUGUUUGUUCACUGUUCCUUUCCCCCUACUAUCCUGGCUUUGUUUCCCAAGGUCAAUGGGAACUGGUGAGAAGAAGGACUUUAUUCUUUGUGACACUGAAGACCAGAUCACAGGGCCAAAAGCUCUAGUGAACUUGGACAAAUCUCACCAAGUGGGAAAUUUUUCAUACACCAGGCCUCUGGGUAGAGUCUCUUGGGGGUAUGCCUUUAAGGAACUGGUGCUAUGCUAUUGAGGACUGGACAGAAGCCAAGAUCUUUGGUUGGAAGCCACUAUUAACACUCCUAGUCACUCUUCUGAAAAGUACAAGUUACUUCCUAGGCCAUUAGGUAAAUACCUGAAUGCUCUCAGAAAGAAGAGCAUGGCAUUGCCUGGGACUCAGAGAAAAAUGAAAAGAAUCUGCCUUGUGCCAACUCUCUUUUUUCCCUCAGAGAUCAGCCCCAGAUGCUUAAUAUGCAAGCAUUUCCAGAGGAAUAGUACUGGGCCCAAGGAUGGCAGUAUGAUUCAGUAGAAAGAACGCUGGAUUCGAGUCAAAGGACCUGAGUUCAAAUCUUGGCUCUGCCACUUACUACAUAGAUGGCCUGGGGCAAAUCAUUUAAACUCUCUGGGUCUCAAUUCCUUCAUCUGCAAAUGAGGUGGACUAUUCCAGCACUUAAUCUGUGAUCAGUUCCCUAGCCACCUGGGUUCUUGGGUUGAAGGAAGCCUCCCUGUUGGUGGAGGGAAUCCCAGUGACAGGUAAUGGGGACACAUUUUGUAGGGUCCUUGGGGAAUGGCACUAAAUGAGGUGGCUGAGAGAGACCUUGUCUCUACAUCAGGAGAGAGAGAGACAGACCGACAGACAGACAGAUAGAGACAGAGACAGAGACAGAGACAGAGUUACAGCAGAAGCAAGUAUUUAGGGUGGUUUAUACAAACCUGUACCCAGCUAAUCACAUUCCAACCUAUAGGCUUAUGGAGAAUGUGUUUGUGUCCAGAUAUCUCUGUAUGUGCAUGCUCAUUCUGUAGCCUUGUAGACAGGCUCCAGGUUGGCUCCAGAAUCACAAACUGACCACAUCUGCAUAAGCUGUACCCAUGAAGAACUUUUUGGUCUUGGUGAACCCUAACUGCUAUGUGGAGAUGAAUACCACCUCUCCAUCAGUCUCUGCCUAUGAGAAACCCAACUAGAGGCCCUGCUCUAGGUGGAAUUUAGACAAAGAUGAAGAUUACAGAUACUUGAAAGCCUCCCACAGAGCCCAGAAGGGAGAGCCAUCUGCUGGAUUUUCCCUUCUUAAAGUCAGACUUCCUUAAUUUCUUCUGUAUGUGUACAGAAAGGGACACAUACCCACUGACAUAUAAUGCCCAUACCUAUAUAUUAUUCCUAAUCAGUCCCCAUCCAUCUGGUUUCUUCCACACAUAGCUGCCACCCCCUUACAUGAAUCAUCCCUCCUCCCGUCACAUACUCCCACCCACCCCUGAGUCUUAAUUCCUCAGACUUCCUAGCUCUUUGGACAAUAAGCAAACUGGGAGGAGAAAUUACCUGGAACCCAAUUCACUGCCUUUCUUCUGUGGCCCUUUCCCUGCCUGUGACCUGCCCCCAACUCCAGGUCUCCCUGUAAGUUGCACUUUACUUGCCAUGUUCUCUUUUGGUUUGGCACCCUAACCUCUCACACACAUGCCAAGGAUCCCACUUUCCUACUCAACCCUGAAUGCCUUCAAUAGAGAGCAAUUUCUCUUCCCAGAUGAGAUGCAUUUCUCUUCUAAACUGUGAAAUGUGCCUCCAGAUAUGGACAGUUCCUCCAGGAAAUGGAUUUUAUUUCCACCAGCUAUCACUGGGGAAUGUGGGGGGAAAGGGAAUGAGAGCAGUCAUGGGUGCUUCAGGGGAAUGCUUCAGAGGAUGGUCUGGUAAUCCCUGGGAGGGUUGGAGGCCUUGGAGUGGAUGGGGUGAGAAGACAGAAGGUGGUGGUAUUGGGAGAACUCCCACUCACCACUAUACAGCCCUAAAUACCUUGGAUAAGGGGAAAAGGUAUAGGCAGGGUUUGGGGGAAGAGGUCAUAUGUAUAGAAGGUUUACUUAUGGAAGAAAGAUAGAAAAAAUAAUAUAUAUAUAUAUAUAUAAUAUAUACAUAUAUGUGUAAAUAUGUGUACAGAAAAGUUCACAGAGAGCUUACAGUGAGGGAUAGGAUACCUUACCCUAAUGAAGGGUGGGGUGGGGAGAGGGAUGGGUGGGAUGCCCCGGACUCCCUGUCUCCCUGUCUCCCGACCAUCACUGGCUCUUGUCCCAGGCUGGAGUUGGGAGAUUUGCUCUGAGGUCCUUGGAGACUGACAAAGGAUAGAAUGGACUGAUCUUGUUGGAAAUAAAAGAGGUAUCUUUGUGAGCUUGUGCUAUUCAGCCAAUUAAUCACUCUCCAUAGCCCAGUGCUGCUGCAAGGGUCUGGAAGGACCUAUGGUGGGCAGGGGAAGAAAGAAAGAAAGAAAGAAAGAAAGAAAGAAAGAAAGAAAGAAAGAAAGAAAGAAAGAAAGAAAGAAAGAAAGAAAGAAAGAAAGAAAGAAAGAAGGAAGGCCAUUUGGGAGGAGAAGAUUUUUUGGAUUCUUAAUCUUCGUGUAGAGGCGGAGUCUGAUGGAAAAUUUCUUAGCUCUGUUUCUGAAUCCCAGUCGUUGGCUACUAGCCUAUAAAUCCUUUUUUUUUUUCAAACAGAGUACAAUCCAAUCCAAUUCGUCCCUCUGCGUACUCUCUGUAACCUUCCCUCCCAUUCUAGUCACAGGGGUGAUGGCAGCUGUAGCCUGAGCCCUUAGGGGUAAUGACUAUCAUAUUGGAAAUCUUAACACUGAGCUUCCAUCUUGACCUCCCAAUCAUGAAAGCUGAAGAGAGGGGUAUAGCUGGAAUAGGAGCAUUUCACCUUCUUACUCCCUCAUCUCAACUCUCCAGUGCAGGGCUGGUGGGCUACUAUUUCCAAUAGUACCCCUAGACAGAUACUUAGGUAUUUGCCUAAAUGCUGGUUGAAAGAAAGACUUAAAAGGACAUAUAUAGCCUCCAAGGGCAGUAGACCCCAAUCCCGCCAUGAGUGAUAAUGGGUUGUUUCUGUAUAGAAGGAGAAAAGGAUAAUAUUGCUUUGGGGAAUAGCCUACUAUAUCUUUCACACUAUGAAUAGUCCUUCAGUGUCGCCAAAAUCUAAUGAGACUACCAGAGGGUUUCAUAUGUGGCCUGAAGGAAAGGAAGAGAUUACUUACAACUUCCCACCCUGCAUUGCAGGAAUACUACUCCCCUCCCCAGGCUGCUACCCUAGUCCUUCUCCCUCAUUUGACUUAUUUAGUCUGAUUUAAAGUAACACACAGCUGCCUUCAUUGUAAAGCUAGCUUGGGCCUCAGGUCCAGUAAUGGCCCAUUCUACUGAACCAGAAGUAUCUAGGAAAAGGUGUUUCCAUUCAUUGCGCUAAAAACUAAACCGGGUCAGAUUUAUCCAGGAAAAAUAUGCUUGAGUGUUUGUUUUUUUUCUGUACAGAAUAAAUUACUAAAUAAAAUAUUUCUGAAUCAUCAA